AUGUUCCUUUCCUUUUCCGCCAUCCUCCCUUACCUCUUCUCUUCCCUAAUCCUCCUCGCCCUAAUCGAGCAGAUCUCCUACCUCUUCAAGAAACGCCACCUCCCGGGGCCGACUUUCGUCCUCCCUUUCCUCGGCGGCGCAAUCUCCGUCGUCACCAAUCCCACCAAAUUCUGGGACGCCCAAUCCGCCUUCAGCGCCUCCCUCGGCUACUCCGCCAACUACAUCGUCGGCAACUUCAUUCUCUACAUCCGCGACUCCCAUCUCAGCAACCUGAUUUUCUCCAAUGUCCGCCCCGACGCCUUCAAGCUCGUCGGCCACCCGUUCGGCAAGAAGCUCUUCGGUGAGCACAAUCUCAUCUACAUGUUCGGCCAGGACCACAAGGACCUCCGCCGUCGGAUUGCCCCCAAUUUCACCCCGCGCGCCCUCUCCACCUACACCGACCUUCAACAGAUGAUAAUCCUCAAGCACUUGAAGCAGUGGGAGGAGCUCUGCUCUCGGGACCCGACCCGGCCCAUCCCGCUCCGCCUCCUCGCUAGGGAAAUGAAUCUUGAGACCUCUCAGACCGUCUUCGUCGGGCCCUAUUUGAAGCCCCAGGAUCGGGCCAGGUUCAGGGAGGAUUACAAUCUGUUCAACGUCGGCUCGAUGAGCCUCCCUUUUGACCUCCCCGGAUUCGCGUUUAGAAAGGCGAUUCGCGCAGUUGACCGGUUAGUAAACACGCUCGCCGAUUGCGCCAGGCAGUGUAAAAGCAAGAUGGAGGCCGGAGACGAGGAGCCCACUUGUUUGGUGGAUUUCUGGAUGCAGGAGACGCUGAGGGAAAUCGCCGCGGCGAAGGCCGCCGGCGACGCCGAGCCGUCGCACCCCGGCGACGUCGAGAUCGGAGGUCACCUCUUCGAUUUCCUAUUCGCGGCGCAAGACGCUUCCACGUCGUCGCUUCUCUGGGCGGUCUCGCUGCUGGACUCUCAUCCCGACGUCCUGUUGAGAGUCCGGGCGGAGGUGGAGCGCGUGUGGUCGCCGGAAUCUGACGGGCUGAUAACGACGGAGCAGAUCCGGGAGAUGAAGUACACGCAGAUGGUGGCGCGUGAGGUGAUAAGGUACAGGCCGCCCGCGACGAUGGUCCCACACGUGGCGAUGCGGGACUUCCCGCUGACGGAGUCGUACACGGUGCCCAAGGGGACGAUCGUUUUCCCGUCAGUUUACGACAGCUCGUUCCAAGGGUUCACGGAGGCGGAGCGGUUCGACCCGGACCGGUUCUCGGAGGGCCGGGCCGAGGACCAGCUGUACAAGAGGAACUUCCUGGCGUUUGGGGCCGGGGCCCACCAGUGCGUGGGCCAGAGGUAUGCGCUGAACCAUCUGGUGCUUUUCAUCGCCAUGUUCUGCACGCUGCUGGAUUUCAAGAGGCACCGGACCGACGGCUGCGAUGAGAUCGUGUACAACCCCACGAUCUGCCCCAAGGACGGGUGCAUGGUUACGAUGUGGAGGCGGUGCGCACGGUAUCCCGAUCUCGCUUCCAAUUGA